AUGUUCGAUUCGACCUUCAAUCUCAGAGAUACGGUAAUUUUCCUUGUAAUGUCCACUCCUUUACAUGCUCAAGAGUCAACGUCGAUCCAAGGAGCAUUUCCUACCCUCUCCGACCUCCCUGUGGACAAUGGGUACUCUCCAAACCAGAUGGACUUCUUCGAAUAUGGCCCCUACGACGUUUCCAAUCCUAUCAAGCACUGGUGCCUCCUCGCUGAGGUUGUCGAACCAAUGCCAUGGAUGCGUCCAGCGUACAAGGUCAAGGACAAGAAAGGAGAGCACUUUGUCGUUGCUUUCCACCUCGACGAUGGACCUGUGGUGAUGGUCACAACCGGCCCUGGUGACGAAGUCGCCCCGCACCUGAAGCUUCCUGAGAGUUUUUCGAAGACUGUGAAGUUGGGACACGUUAUGGUCUUGAUGUAUGGGCAGAACCAUCAUUUCAUGGAUAGGAAUAAGGGUGUUCGGGUUGAGGACUUGAGUCGAGUAAAGGUACGUUUUAGCUUCAUCGACUCCCCGUACUACAUCGGAUUUCUUACUGGUGUCAUGGCUCCUAGACCUUCCCGUGCAGCUUGUCAACUUUCUUUCGUAUUGGAGAUGAAGUCAACCUCACACCGCAAAACUGUCAAAACUGCAACAGAGAGGCUAGUCUGA